AUGAAAAUAAUAGAAACUAAAAGAGAACUCCUCAGAACUGUCAAUCAGAAUAGAAUCAAAAUCAAUUACUUAAUAAAUCUGGGCUACCUCAUAUAAAUGGACAGCCAUAACCCAUAUCAAGUCUUGAGCCCUAGCUUAAAAGGUAGAAAUUAGAUAAUCAAGGUCUAAUUUCUUAGCAAACUUCAAACUAAAAUUUUUCUGCUUAAUAAACGUAUAACUCAAACAUAAAUGGAGUCAACGGUUAAUCAAGACUCAAAUAAAAGCAAUAACUAAACUGAUUAAAACUAAGGUAAUGUAUAGCAUGCACAACUAAAUCAUCAAUCAGAUUAAAGCCUAAAAUUAACAUAGAAAUUGUCGCAACUAGCAUAAUAUCAAUUUGAGAAAGAUAAAUAGACAUUCCCAUAAAAAGAAGGUUUAAUAUCAAUAGAUCCAACAGCUAACACUGCUUCUACAGCUUAAUCUCCUGAAAAAUAUAAUAACCUUUCUGAGACUAGUCAUCUGUUAGUUCGAUCAGAAAUUUUAUAAAAAAGUCAGCCAAAUAAUUUAAGAGAAAUUUCAUCAUAACUUUCACAAAAUACUCAUCCAAAGAAGCGAAUGCUUGCAAGAAAAACGGCUCAAAACACAGAAGAUAAGGAAAUCGAGACAGAGUCAGAAAAUGAAGAUGAUAUUCAGGAGGAAGAUGAAGAAGAGGAAUUAAAUUAAGAUGAGUAAGAUAAAGGAGAGGAACAGGUACUAGAAGAGGAAGAUGAAGUAGAAUAGGCAAAUAGUAGUUUUACUGAAAUAUUUGAGGUAAAUACAAUUAAUACAGAAUAAACAACAAGAGAUUAGAUUUUACCAUAUAAUAAAAAAAAUAACGAACAACCAGGAACAAUAUGA